AUGCGCGUUGCACCCUCGAACGAUGGCCCCGAUCUGGUUUCUGCUCAAAGCGAUGAUCCUGCCUCUGUCGAACCUGCAGCUCAAAAGGAUGUCUAUUCCAGCGAACCAUAUACGUCUUCACCACAACGUCCCGUGAAACUCGCACUGCAUCCCGCAACUGUACGAAGGUCUUAUGCACCUGCUGCCUACGAGGACGACCAGGAAGUCUUUUCGGACUCCCCAACGUACAAGAUCCCCAACAACAACCUCGUAAGGGUUGAAAAGCUUGGACAAACCCAGCCAACUCGCCACACUGCCGAUCUUGGACUGGAUGACGAGGUCGAGGGGAGCCUCGCGAGCGACUACCCUUUGAGCGAGGACGAUAAUGGCACUCCUCGAGCCAAUCGAAAGAAGGCGUUAUCUCGAGAGCCAGCUCUCAUGGAGAAUCCUCUGCCGGCACCCAGUCGCACUCAGCGAAACAAUACAAAAAAGCGACGCCGGGGCAGCUGCGACUAUGCUGAUGACGAGCUCGCAGGAAUGACCUACUCUGAGCUGCGUGAGCAAGCGUUUGACGAUGACCCAACGAAGAAAUCCUUGAAAGGAAUCGGUCCCCUCACUGGUGAUAGUCUGCCUGCAAAGCUUGACCAUUUCCAAGGCCAGCGUGAAGCAGACCAGAAGCAAUUUUUCAUGCAAAUGCCAGUUAGCGAUUGGGAACGCUCCGGCGACUGGUUUUUGGAACAGUUCAGCCAAAUUACCCAGAAAGUGAAAGUUGCCCGUCAGAACAAGCGAAACAUGGUCGAACAGUUUGAAAACGAAAUUGCAACCAGGGAGGAAGCUGUUCGUCUUCGGGCCGAGAGCAUCGCCAAAAAAUUGAACCAAUUCAAACACAAAGGCGAAGACAUGCUGGCGGAUAAGGAAUUCUGA